UUUUCUUUUUAAACCCCAUUAUAAUGAGAGAAAUCAGUUUGCAAUCGGAUUAUCUGUCACAGUAUUUUCACAGGGACAGUGUCAGUUUGUAAAAAUAAACAUCGAAAGCACGGGUUUUGCUUUAGAACGUGAUUUUCAGCCUGGUUUCAAAACCGAAUCACGAAAAGUUAAAACACCUUUUAUGAAAGUAGAAUGUUGUGUCACAAAAAGGGAAUACUGUGCUGCAAAUUACACCAUGCGCUGAUCCGUGGAAUGAGGGUGCGAAAGAGGCCAGAGACGCUUUCCUCGACCAGGAUUACAUCAGCACGUUUUACUCACAACAGCCCAAACGAAAGGAUAGACGAGAGCCUGAUACGAAAUGUGGGCAUACUGGCGCACAUCGAUGCGGGAAAAACGACGACCACGGAGCGCAUGUUGUACUACGCCGGUCGGACGGAAACUCUGGGAGAGGUGCAUCACGGGACGACCGUCACCGAUUUCCUGCAGCAAGAACGCGAGCGAGGAAUUACCAUCUGCAGUGCAGCCGUGUGUUUCGACUGGAAGAACCACCGUAUCAAUUUGCUCGAUACGCCGGGGCACAUAGAUUUUACUAUGGAAGUAGAACAGUCGCUAGGAGCGGUCGACGGUACGGUAAUCAUACUGGACGGCUCGGCCGGAGUCGAAGCACAAACGGUCACCGUGUGGGGCCAAGCGAACCGGCAUCGCCUUCCUAGGUUGGUGUUUGUUAACAAAAUGGAUAAAAAGAAUGCCGAUUUUGAGGCAUGUGUUUCGGAGCUCCGUACCAAGCUGGGUGCCGUACCGGUUCCGCUGCAAAUGCCUAUUAGGCACGAUGGAAAGUUGAUAGGGUUGAUUGAUGUGUUGUCAAUGUCGCAAAUCUUUUGGGAUCAUAAAAGCAAUGGAAGGACCUACGAGAUAAGCCCGAUAAAAGAUGAUACUACGCUGGAACGAGUGCGCCAGAGGCUUGAAGAGCUAAUCGAUUUACUCUCCGGAAUGGAUGACGGUCUAGCUCAAGCUAUCAUCGAUAGCGACAGCAUGGAGAACAUCAAACUAAACAUCAUACUGGAUGCACUUCGUGCUUGCACCGCCAAGCAGCUGGUCGUCCCUGUACUGUUGGGUUCAUCGUAUAAAAACGUUGGUGUGCAGCUAUUAAUGGAUGGCAUUUUAAAUUUCCUACCGGCGGCUAAUGAAAGGAAUCAAAUCUAUGAUUAUUUUGGCAAGGAAUUCGUUGGAAAGGUAUUCAAAGUAAUGCAUGACAAGCAGAGAGGCCCUAUAUCUUUGAUCCGGGCCUUUCGGGGCACAUUGAAGAAGAACUCCAAGUUUAUCACUGCCGCCGGCAAUACGGAGACGGUACAGCGCAUAUACGAGCCGCUUGCUGAUGAGUACCGUGAAAUCGAUUCCUUCUCUGCCGGUAAUAUUGGGCUGUGUGCUGGACCAAAGACCACUGUAACCGGUGACCUAGUCAUAGCGAAUGCUUCUGCAUUAAAGAGUGCCCUCAAACGGAUUCAUAAAGAUAAUACUGGUCAGCCAGGAGCAAUCCAGGAGGAUGAUUCGCUUUUCCUCACACAGAAGCUAGGUCUUCAAACCACUAUUCCCGAUGCGGUCUACUUCUGCUCGAUAGAACCACCAUCAGCGAGCCAACAAACACAACUCGAUAAGGCCCUGGGUGAAAUUCAGCGAGAAGAUCCAAGUCUUCGGGUGCGAUUCGACGAAGCAACGGGACAAACGGUGCUCGGUGGUAUGGGCCAGCUUCACUUGGAGAUCAUAAAGUCCCGUAUUUUGUCGGAGUAUCGCAUCGAUGCUGAUCUAGGGCCACUUCAGAUAGCGUACAAGGAAGCACUGGUGGAACCCAGCUAUGGGGAACGGACAGCGGAGAAGGAAAUUGCUGGCAGCAAACAGUAUGUUCAGAUGGCGAUGACGAUCUCACCCAGUGACGAUCCCAACGAAGAGCAGAUCGUGCUAGAUAACAGUGGUGAGGCACAGGAAAAUUUGAAACUGGUGCGUCCUAGGCAGAUGGCGUUCUUUAGAAAGGGAGCCGUUGCCGCUCUGCAACGUGGCCCAAAAUUGGGAGGACAGCUUGCGAACUGCACCGUUAAGCUGCAUGCUCUGACGAUCGGAAAAGGUACGGCGGAUACCUUCAUAAUGGCUACUGCUGCACAGUGCAUUGGAAACAUCCUAGCGCAGGCCAAGUGUCGCCUGUUGGAACCGGAUAUGUUUCUAGAAAUCGUGACACCAAUCGAGUAUGUUACACCCAUCCUGGCCGAUCUGAGUCGUCGGAGGGCAAUAAUCGAGGAAGUUAUAGCCAAGGGUACGGACAGUAAGGUGAUAAAAGUUAACGCACCUUUGGCGGAACUGGCCGAUUAUUCGACGACGUUGCGCAUCAUUAGCUCCGGUACGGCCACGGUUUCGAUGGAACCGAAUGGGCAUUCGCCACUGAACGAUGCUGAAGAGACGUUGGCGUUACAACGAUCUUUGGGAUUGUAAUAAACGAUGUAAACGACGAUCACGUAAAUGCUACAGCCAGUAUUGUGUUGGACUUUAUUGACUAUUUGGUUUAUCACGCAGAUUCCGUUU